AAGUCUGAGGAUAAGUCUAUUGUACAAGUAAAUUUAUGUCGUACUGUAAAUUCUAAAUAUUGUUUCACAGGAUGGAACCUUGGAACCGUUUUGCGACAGAUGCUCAAGAAGAACCCGCCGACUUCUAUCGUCUUGUACUGACAAAGGUCUUAGAUGAUCUCAUGGAUCAGGUUGGUGGUAUAUCGCAGAUUGAGGAGGUUAAGAUAGCACUGAGAAAGAUCUCCCAUAUGUACAAAGGGGGACUUUCGAUCGCUUCUAGCCAGUAUCGUUCCGACUGGAGUAACCCAGCAAACCGCUGCGCAUACGUCUUCCUUUACUUGAUGCAGCAUUGUCAUCUUGUGUACUUCUCGCUUGAACAGUGCACAUCAAGGAUCUUGAACAGUUGGCGCAACAAGAGUAACUUGAAGGUUUGCAGCAUCGGAGGCGGGCCUGGGUCAGACCUGGUUGGCUUGACAACCUUCCUCCGAACGCACGGCAUAUUCCCGCCUUCCUUGGAAUGCCGUGUCUUGGAUCUGUACCCCAACUGGAAAGACACCUGGGACACGAUACACCAGUGUAUUCCUCAGUAUUUCAGAGUAGCAUACGAAAGAUGCGACGUUGUCAGAGAUAUGGGCCUUACUGUUACUACUCAUCGAUUCAUCCGACAGGCUGACAUGCUUACCUUGGUGAAGCUUUUCUCCGCAGUUUCAGCUUUCUUCCGAGCCGACCCUGGACGUGGAGAUCUCCUUCGAUCAAUUCUGCGUGAGAUAAAGCCAGGCUGCUUCGUGCUGUACGUUGACAAUCAACACGAUAUCGACACUCAGUUUGAGAAAGAGUUUGCGUCUCAACUUGGACUGGUUAAGGUGUUUGAAUUCCGGGGCAAACCCACCUUACCUUUUGGACAGUACUCCAGCACCGUGAGGAGAUACCAUGACGAACUACAAUGCUGGCCAUUGAGUAGCUGCAAUGUCUUGAUCCAGCUUUACGAAAAGUUGGCGGUUCAGCCGGGCACCAUCUCCCAGGUCCAUGAAACCCAAAUCCCACCUCAACAUUUUGGUUCGUCUGUAAUUGACCGGGUUCAGCUUGGUUUACACCGCCGGGUAAACAUUGACGAUCGUCCCAGCAGCUCGUCCCAGCCUCGUUACAGUUCAUUUCCUGCACAACGCGACUGCCCACCCAAACUCACCAUUCAAUCAAGUUCCAAAGACGACUGCCCACCCAAACCCACCCUUCAAUCAAGUUCCAAAGGCGACUGUCUACCCAAAGUCACACUUCAAUCAAGUUCCAAAGGCGACUGCCCACCCAAACUCACCCUUCAAUCAAGUUCCAAAGGCGACUGUCUACCCAAAUUCACCCUUCUAUCAAGUUCCAAAGGCGACUGCCCAACCAAACCCACCCUUCAAUCAAGUUCAAAAGGCGACUGCCCACCCAAACUCACCCUUCAAUCAAGUUCCAAAGGCGACUGUCUACCCAAACUCACCCUUCAAUCAAGUUCCAAAGACGACUGUCUACCCAAAUUCACCCUUUUAUCAAGUUCCAAAGGCGACUGCCCACCCAAACUCACCCUUCAAUCAAGUUCCAAAGACGACUGCCCACAAAAACUCAACCUUCAACCAAGUUCCAAAGACGACUGUUUACCCAAACUCAGCCUUCAAUCAAGUUCCAAAGGCGACUCCCCACCCAAACUCACCCUUCAAUAA